AAUAAUAAUAUAACAUUAAUAGAUCAUGCCAUCAUCAUUAUCAACUGAUACUCCUGAUGCUAGUACUGCAGUGCCAGUGAUGAACUCAACCUCCUCGUUACUGUCUCCUACUAAUGAUGUAUCAUUACAGGAUAUUACUGUAUUGAAUAAUGAUAAUAAAUCUAUUGAUAGUUGUAAUGGAACUAAUAAUAGUAGUGGAUCUCCUCCAGUUAAUUACAGUGCUAAUGAUAAUGAUAAUCAAUUAAUUAUUAUUAUAUUAAUUGGUUUAAGUACUGUCACUAUACAUGUUAUACUGUGUGCCGUUCACAUAUGUUGUCAUGGUAACGGAGAGAUAAAGUUUAACAAGUCAGAGAUAAAGAGAGAACUGAUGGAGAGGAGAGAAUGGGAACAGAUCAUGUUACAGAACAGCAACUGGAAUAGCAGCACUGAUGAAGAUUAAUGUAUAUUCUUUUGUAUAUUUAUUAUUAUAAAUA